AUGGCUCCUAAAAAGGCAGGUGUUCUCGGCGCAACCGGAAGUGUUGGCCAACGUUUUAUUUUGCUGCUUUCUGAGCAUCCUGACUUUGAACUGUCAGUUCUCGGUGCAUCCUCAAGAUCGGCUGGAAAGAAGUACGGCGAUGCUGUCACUUGGAAGCAAACAUCCUUGUUGCCUGAAUCUGCUUCGCAAGUGCCUGUUUCAGAGUGCACUGUUGAGGCCUUCAAGGACUGUGAUAUCGUGUUUUCUGGGCUGGAUGCAGAGUAUGCAGGCCCUAUCGAGAAAGCCUUUGUAGAGGCUGGCUUGGCUGUGGUUUCCAAUGCCAAAAACUACAGACGCGAAGCUGACGUUCCUCUGAUCGUCCCUAUCGUGAACGCCGAGCAUUUGUCGGUGGUGGAGAACAAGGUGAAGGCUGCUAAAGCCAAGGGCGAAAAGACCGGAUUUAUUGUGUGUAUCUCUAACUGUUCUACUGCUGGUCUGGUUGCCCCACUAAAGCCUCUGACUGAAAAAUACGGUCCUAUUGACCUGUUGACCACCACCACGCUGCAGGCUAUUUCUGGUGCCGGGUUUUCGCCAGGAAUUCCAGGUAUUGAUAUUUUGGACAAUAUAGUACCAUACAUUUCGGGUGAGGAGGAGAAGAUGGAGUGGGAGACCAAGAAGAUCCUGGGUUCCACCAACCAGGACGGCUCAAAAUUCGUCCCUCUUUCCGACGACGAGAUCAAGGUCUCUGCCCAAUGUAAUCGUGUGGCUGUUAGCGAUGGCCACACCGAGUGUAUCUCGCUGCGUUUCAAGAACAGACCUGCUCCUAGUGUUGAGGAGGUCAAGCAGACCCUCAGGGAAUACGUCUGUGAUGCCUUCAAACUGGGAUGCCACUCCGCCCCCAAACAAACAAUCCACGUGCUCGAGCAGAACGACAGACCGCAGCCAAGAUUGGACCGCGACCGUGAUGCCGGAUACGGUGUUUCCGUUGGCAGAAUCAGAGAAGACCCAGUGCUGGACUUCAAGAUGGUGGUUCUUUCUCACAACACCGUCAUUGGGGCUGCCGGUGCGGGUGUCCUGAUUGCGGAAAUUCUGGCUGCGAAAAACGUGAUCUAG